AUGAAUGGAGUCAGUGUUUCGGUUGAGAAGGGGGUGGAGAUGGGGCCUAAAGAACAGAAAAAGAAGCGAAUGAGUGUGAAGGAGAAACUUAUGCAAAUUAAGUCUAAUAUAACAGUGGAGCCGAUUAUUGCUUGUUACAUUAUGUCAAACGUCUUUUCUGGAUUAGCUAUUCAAAACUUAAAUUUAGAAAAGGCGUGUAGAGUUAACUUAGGUUACAGUGACGAAGUUUGCUCAGCUUUAAAUAGGCGACAGACCGAAAACUACACGAUGGAGGAAUCGGAAGUGCAAAAGUUGACGGCAUCAGUACAAGCUUGGAAAAAUAUAGUACAAACCACAUUUCCAUGUAUACUAGUUCUUUUCGUGGGCUCGUGGAGUGACAAAACAGGGAAGCGAAAGGCGUGUAUCCUCUUGCCCAUUGUUGGGGAGGUUUUGUGCUGCACCAGUUUUAUGCUCAACACAUACUUUUUUUACGAAUUACCUUUGGAGGUCACGGCCCUGUCUGAUUUAUUUCCGUCGUUAACCGGAGGAUGGAUCACAGUUUGCGUUGGUGUAUUCAGCUACAUUGGUGACGUGACGACGAAAGAAAUGAGGACAUUUAGACAAAUUGGCUACUACGGAAUCUUCUUCAUAUCCAACUGCUUAUAUUUUACAAGUUUAAUUUAUGGAUAUAUACGCCUUAAAGAUCCAGUUAUUCCUCAUGACAGACAAAGAGAGCAACCAGUGGGCUGUCGUGGAUGGGUAUGCUCUUUCUUCGAUGCAAGACAUGUGAGGGAAACGCUUACAGUUGCCUUCAGAAGUGGUCCUCGACGGAGGAGACUUAGAGUCUCUUUACUGAUUGUGGUAGUCUGCGUAAUAUUUGGACCUUUACAUGGUGAAAUGAACGUGCUGUACCUGUUCAUGCGGUAUAGAUUCAAUUGGGAUGAAGUACAAUUCAGUAUGUUUUGCACGUAUAGCAUCAUUACCAAUUUAGUGGGAACAUUAUUCUCCAUCAGCAUAUUUAGUGACUUAAUGAAAUUGGACGAUACUUUGGUUGGCAUCAUCUCCUGCACCAGCAAAAUAUUAGCCUCGUUUAUCUUUGCGUUCGCUUCUACCACUACUGAAAUAUAUAUAGCGCCCCUCGUGGAGAUAUUCAACGGCACGUCUUUCAUAGCGAUGCGUUCCAUUGCAUCUAAAUUGGUAACCAGCGAGGAAUUAGGCAAAGUGAAUUCCCUGUUCGGUCUAGCUGAAGCCAUGAUGCCACUGGUAUACGGACCGCUAUAUUCCAGAGUGUAUAUGGCAACUCUCAACGUGUUACCUGGCGCAGUCUUUCUUUUAGGAGCUGGUAUGACAGUACCGGCUGUCGCUAUUUUUGGUUGGAUGUAUUUCGAACAACGAGAAGAUAACAAACAAGUGGAGGAAAUGGAAAACGUGAACAUA